AUGAGACAAGUAGAAGAACGACAUGUUGCAUAUCAAGUCGAUCUUAUGGUGUGGAGUAAUCGUUUAGAUUUAUUAGCAAUAAGCAAUUUCAAAGGAUACCAGAUAGGUACAAGAUUC